UUAUUUCGUGGACACGCACGCACGCACGCACGCGCCAUGUCAACAGGCCCAAUGUGCUCGUGCGCGCGCACCGAAGCGGCGAAAGGCGCACUAUUUGGCAGGCAGGGGUCAGCGGUGAGGCGCGUGAAAGCGGGGCGGUGGUCGGCGGCGGUCGCGCCCGGACACGAGUAGCCUGCGGCCGACGGCCUUGCUAUAGCCGAGCCGGAACUCGCGCGCGCACAGGAAGCGACCAUUUCAGGGCUCCGAGCAACCGAGGGGGAGCAGGUGGGGGGGGGCGACUCGGGCCGAGCGAAGGAGCGAACGAGCACCGACGCGGGGCGGAGAGCCAGGCGAACAGCCCCCACCCGGCCGCGGAGAGCACGACCACUUGAGGCUGGCAAAGGCGGAAGCGAAGCGGCUUGCUUGCUUGCUUGCGUGCGUGCGAGCGGCGUCGCGCAGCCUGGAGACAAUGGCGGCGCCGAGCGGCCUGCAGGGUUUUUGUUAGUGGGCUCCGUGUGGACGCUAGGCCGGCCGAGCUCGCUGCUAACCCAGGCGGGAGGAACGAGCGGUCAACCAUCGGAGACUCCGCGCCACUUUCGGCGCGUAUGCUUAAAUUAUCUCAGCAUUUUCACACCCUCCCCCCUUGACGAGCAUUUUGAGCUCGCUGCCUGCCCGCCUGCCGAUGGAGGCGACGACAACAACCUGAAAGCCGAGUGGGCGCCCCAUAGGCAGUCUCCGUGACCCUCCCGCCCCGCCGAAUGUCGCACACAAAGCAGACUUGCGGAAGAAUUCAGCAGGAAGACGCCUUGCAUUCUUCCUCUUGACUCUUCUCCGCCUUCCAGUACCCCGACAGAAGCCGACAAAGAUUUCAUGCGGUCUCUUCGUGGAGGCGGUCUGAGCCCUCGCCGGCACAAAUGAGACAGUGAUCUCCCGAGAAGCCCGGACUAUUCUCCUCGAGGUUCUCACGUGGCGCACGGGGUCACUUUGACCCCCCGGGACCGCUCGGCCAUCGCCCGCUUGGGAGAUGUUCCAGUUCAGCAAGUACCCCAUGGAGAUCCUGGAAAUGCUGAGCGGACACCAGGCGCAUCAGUUCAAAGGUUUGGGCUUGGAGCGUCAGCUGAGCCACCAGCAGCAGGUCCAGCUCCAGCAUCAGCAGCAGCUCCAGCAGCAGCACCAGAGCCCCGCGGACACGUCCGGCGGUCUGCUGUCCGGCCUCGGCCUGGGAACCCUGCCCACCUCUCGGAGCAACGCCUUUGCCGACUCCUCGUCACUGUUCGCCAAAAUGAGCGCCCCUCCGCCGUCUAUAUCGCACCAGAGUCAGUCGUCGUCUUCAUCGUCGACUCACAGCUCCAGGAAGUCGAGCAAGAUGAGCGGCGGGAGCAGCGGCAGCAGCUCCUCGUCGGGGUAUCCGCAGUUCCUACGACCUUUCCACCCGGCCGAGGCGGCGUUAGCGCAGGAGCAGCUGCACUCGGGAAUGGGACGCUUCGACUUUGGCGGCGGCGGCGCCAACGGCGGCGCGGGGGUCCUCCCCGCGCCCCCUCCGCCUCCGCUGCAUCCCGGUCUCUCGGUGCCUCAGCCCUCCGCCGGACCCUCGUCUUCCUCCUCGUCUACCUCCACCUCCGCGUCGGUCUCCAGCAACCCUCCCGGCGGCACGGCGGUACCCCUGGUGGGCCAGUCGGACCCCCGCAGCCUCCACCAGCAGUUCAGCUGCAUGCUGGCCGCCAACCAGUACUUCCUGUCGGGCGUCCCCACGAAUAGCAGCCUGGAGCAGUUCCUGGUGCAGCAGGGCACUCACAACCACUUGGGUCUGGGUCUCAGCCAGGGCUCGGCCGAGUCCAACUCGUCUUUGGCUCCUCCCCCCGCCCUGCACUCCUCUCACACCCACUCGGCGCCGCAAGCUCCGCAGCAGCAGCAGCAGCUGACUCCCCACGCCUUAUCUCACCCCCACGGCCACACGCACCACCCUCACCCGCUGCACCCGGCCCCCCAGCCCGCCCCACUUGGUGGAUUUGAUUUUCAAAGCAUUCCGGUCCUCUCGUCCAAUCAGAUUGCUUCCCUCAUGCAGCAGGAGGCGGGGAUCCCCCUGCCCUUGCCCCUUCACUUGUCGCUCCCCAAAGAUGACGCCGCCAAGUCGGGGGAGGCUUCCUCCUCCGCCUCCUCGCUUUCCAGCAGCGGCGGGAGCAGGCGCAAAAAAGCCAUGGCGGGAUACCUCCCGCAGAGGAAGGCGGAGAGUCACGCUCACGGCGGCUCGGGGAGCCAUCGGCACGGCUCUCACGCUCACGGCGGCUCGGGGAGCCAUCGGCACGGCUCGUCCGUCUCGGCCCUGGUCGGAGGAGUGUCCGGCAACGUCGCGAUUACCGAGCAGCAGCAGCAGCAUUCGUCUCUACUCUCGUCUCCGUCGCAACACCCGUCGUCCUCCGCCAUCUCGUCCUCCUCGUCGUCCUCCUCGUCCUCGUCCGCCCCAUCCUCCUCCACCUCCGCUUCCGUGCCGGUAGACGGCGACCAGCGCUUGCCCAAACCCAGAGAAAACCGCAGCUCAUCGCGCCACCCCGAACCCGAAUCCCUGUACCAUUGCGGAGAGUGCGGGAAAACCUUCACGCAUCUCUCCAGCCUGCGGCGGCACCUGCGCAGCCACGGCCUGACGCCCGAAGCCCACGGCAGGAAGUCGGACUGCACGUCCCCCAGCCCGGAGAGGAUCUUCUGCUGCGGGGACUGCGGGAAAAGAUUCAAGAAGCGCGGCCACCUGAUUCAACACAGCGUCACGCACUCGGAGAACCGGCCGUUCAUCUGCAACAUUUGCCAGAAGUCCUUCAACCGCCGCGAGUCGCUCACGCGCCACGAGAAGAUCCACGACGAGAAGCCCUUCCGCUGCCCGGCUUGCGGGCGCUGCUUCCGCGAGAGCACCUCCCUCCUCAACCACGCCGCCUCGGGCGCCUGCGGAAAACCUCCCCGGAGUUCCAAGAACCGCGGCAACGGCGGUUCGUCCGUCAACGCGAGCGGCGGUGGGAAAAUGCGCCUUUCGAAUCCAAACGCCCCUCCCAACAAUAAGUACAGCGGCGACUACUCGAGAAGUCGCUACCCGGGACAGGCGUCCUCCUACGAGGACGAUUACAGACGCUCGCAGCCGUCGUCGCUCUACUCGCCGGACGCCGCCCUCGACAUCAACAACCCAACCCUCCGCAAGGCCCCUUUAGCGCCGACCCUUCACCCCCACCCGCAGAGCCAGCAGCACCACCACCAGCAGCCGCACCUUCCUCUCUCCUCCCUGUUGGACGAUUCCGAGGACGAGGUCACCAGUAGCGCCAUGUCGGCCAUCGCCGCCGCCGCCGCCGCCUCCUGCGACAUCAACACGGAAGGCAGGGAUGGCGAAAGAAGGGACAUCAUCGGCGGGCUGCUCGGGGGCUUGGGGUUCGGGAACCUGGGCGGGCCGUCGUCCUCGCCGGGGAUAAACGGCUCCACCGUGCCGUUGUCUCACCACAGCCAGCCGCACGCCAAACCCCGCAGGCCCCGCAAGCCCCGAGAAAAAAGAGACCCCAACUGCGUCGUCAGGAGGCGGCGGAGUCCGGCGCCCCCCGGCGACAGCUCGGAUCGGCCGUACGGCUGCCAGCUGUGCGGCAAGCGCUUCCGGCGGGCCGAGACCCUGCGACGCCACAAUCGGGUCCACACGGGCGAGAAGCCGCACGCCUGCGACGUCUGCGGCAAGAUGUUCCGAGAACCUUUCCACCUCACCAAACAUCUGACGGUGCACUCGGGCCAGAAGAACUACAAGUGCAACCUGUGUGGGAAAAUGUUUGCCUACGCUCAGAGUCUCGUCAGACACGGCAAGCUGCACCGCAGAGGCGAGAUCGACAACCAGGGCAGAAGAAUCAAAGGAGCCGCCGCUGCCGCCGCCGCCAUCAGCCAGGUCGCCAAUCAGGGAACCUCCGACUUCUUCUCGUCUUGUUCCCAAGAGGAGAAAUCUCCCACGUCCGGGACCCCCUCCCAGAGGCUCUACACCUGCACCGUGUGCUGGAAAUCCUUCCGCCAUUAUUUCCACCUGACGGCGCACCAGCAGACCGUGCACGGCGGCGGCGUGGGCCUGGAGAAGUCCUUCCGCUGCGAAGUUUGCGGGAAAUCCUUCGCCUACUCCAACAGCCUGGUGCGCCACAAGCUCUCGCAGCACGGCAUCGACCGCAACGGCCAGAGGGUCAACCACUCGCAAGCGCCCGCUUACUCUCCCGCCUUCUACGACUACGGCGGGCCGGCCCACGAGCAGCACGUGGGCGGCCACGCCCUGGCGCCGCCCGCGCAGCAGCAGCAAGACCCCCAGCAGCCGUUUCACUACCGGCACCGAAAGCAGCCGGAGGGGGUUCGGAAAGAGCGCAAGAAGAAGAGACGGGUGGUGAUCCACAGCAUCAUGAGGGACGGCAAGCUGGUGGGCGUGCCGCUCAGCAAGGAGACUCGCAGGAAGUUGCUGCUCCUGCGGAGGAGGCGGGGUCGAAUGCUGGCUCAGAUCAACAAGAAGAAGCUCCUGGCACAGCUGAGGGUCCGCGGGGGGCUGUCGGCGGUCAGGUCCUGGUCCGGGGGCGCCGUCAAGGUCAGCGGGCUGCUCUCCAUGGAAGUCCCCAUCAAGCGCUUCCUGUGUCCCGUCUGUCCCAACGCCACCUACGCCAGGAGGGGCUUCCUCCUGCUGCACCGCGCCCUCCGGCACCCGCCUCGGACAUCGGGGCGUCGCGCCCGCCUGUGCUGCCCCACGUGCGGCCGGCGCAGCGGCAGCCUCCUCAAGGCCCUGCGACACCGCGGACGCCACCUCAAGCGCGCCACCUUCCGCUGCCACAAAUGCCGACGCUGCUUCUGGAGCUCGCGGCUCCUGGAGAGGCACAAGUUCUCGUGCCGGGCGCCCGCUCUGGGGGCCCGCUGGGCCGACGGCCAGCGGGCCCCCGUCGAGACGGGCGAGCGCUCGCCGGCCCCGCUACCUCCGUCGGCUCAGGUGCUGCAUGAGAGGUCCUCGGUUUUGACUGAAUACGCUCAUUAAGAACUCCACCAGUUUGUAUGUUAGUUUAUUCAUUUGUUGUCUCCCUUUUUUUUUUUUUUAAUGUGUGGAACAAUCUGAGAGGCGAGCGACAGCUGGCAGCUUUUGUACAAAAGGGAGAAGAAGACAGAGGAAGAAACUCCUCAUGGCUCCAAAACCUACUGCCAAGGCACAUCACCACCUUGUGACAUUACACUUUUAGUAGCACCCGCAACGCUUCCUUCACACGCACCGACACACACACGCAGAGCGAACACACGAGGACAGAACGGCAAUCCGACGGACGGAAGAACGCCACGCGCAUGCACAGAAGACACGGCCCGACGUGCGCACGCGCCGCUUUGCGUCCUAUGUAAACACUAUGUCGUGUGUCCGUUCUGCGGUUGGUUUUUAACGGCCACGCGCCACUUUUCACCAUCAGAUCCUCCUGACUCUCCAGCACAGUUCAGAUGCCUUAUUAUUCUUCUUGAUCCUUGAGAAAAUGAAAACAGGUGACGCGACUGAAAUUUUUGUUUGGGAAAAAAAAAAAACAACACAUUAAAAAAAAAAAAAAAAAAGCUAAAGGUGGGCUUUUUGAGAGAGCCGACAGUGUUUGUUGUAGAAAAAAAAACCCGGAGUGUAUUGAUAUAAUUCUCAAUUAUAUUUUAUUAUAACUUGACAGCUUGCUGUUUUUUACUCCCCGAUUCUCUUCUUCUAUCAGUGUUGGUAUUGUGAGGGCGGGGCAAUGGGUCAGGUCAGGGGGGGAGGGGUUUCGCUCUAUGUCCACUCGUGUUGAUUCUUUUCCUUCCCUGCCACACAUUUUGUGACCCAAGCGUGCACGCAUAGUUUAUGAUUUAACUCCUGUUCACAUUGUUCAACCUUUUUGUUUUUGGUUUCUGUACAACUAAAACAUGUAAUAUUGUUAUUAUUAUUGUUACUAAAUGACUAUUCUUUUUUUUUUUUCAUAAAAAAGUGACUUGUUGAAAACCCCUUAAGUCAAAUUAAAAAUUUGAAGAAAAAAAAUCACUUGGCCUUUUUGUCAUCACGUGCUGCAUUCAAGGGAGUCAUUUUGAUGGGGAAAUGUGUUUUGUUUUGCUGUUUCAAUAAAGACUGACCAGAACCUCUAAAUUCUCAGCC